AUGGGCCUUUGGAUCGUUGUCGUGGGGGCAUUGCUGCUGUGCAGGCAUGCGGCAUUGGUAGGAGCCACGGGUAUCUCAGAGAGCAACAACGAUCAAGACCCAAACGAAUUAACCAACUGGGUACUUGGGGACAUGAUGGCUCGCCGGGAUCACAUGCGGACUCUGUCCAGCUGGAAUGGAGGUAGACUGCGACACAAGAUUAGUGCAGGCUAUUCGAAAUCUUCCAAAGGAAAACGUCGCAAUGUGCCAAAGUACGGUCGAAGACACUACGACCCCUACCUCUACCACAAUGAUGAUCACUACCAGAAGGAUCACUCUCUUGAGUAUGAUGACAGUGCUGAUGACGAUGAGAUUGAGGGAGUAUCCUGCAUCAGCCUAGCCAACAAAAAGUACCGAAAGGACAAAAAGAGCAGCAAAGGGAAAAAGUACCACCACUACAAACACCGAAAAUCAGGCACCAAGAAGGGGAACAAAUACAAGCACAAAUCACUACAUCAUGGUUCCAAAAGCAAGUCAAGAAGCAAGAGCAAAUCAAAGUCUAGGAAAGAGUACUUUGAUUACUGUGAAGGCGAGGAGCCAGUGGAAGAAAUUGUGUGUAGUGCAAACGUUGAAGACUUUCGUUCUUCUGUGGGCCUCAUUUUCAGUGGUAAUCCACAGUUUUUGACAGGUCCCGAACAAAUCGCACUGGAAAACAGCUUUCAGGAAACAUACAAUGGGCUUACCUUUGCAAAUUGUGAUGGAUACUUUCGAGGUAUUGAGAGUGUUGCCUUGUUUGUCCCAGGGGAGCGACGGGGACGGCGCCGUCUGGAGGAUACUGAAGAUGAUUCUUCCUCGCCCCCAACAAACAGCUCAUUUGCCAUGGUGACUGGAACCUGCCGUGCAUGCCCCGUUACAAGUACUGGAACAUUUUCUCUUUUUGAUGAUAGCUUUCGGAGACGGAGGAGGCUGCAGCAAUCUACUGCUGACUUCAUUGGAAGCACUGAUGACUUGGUUGCAUCCGAUGUCUGUACUUGUCCUGAGCAGGGUGCUGGGCGGACUCUACAAUUGAGGCAGGAAGAUCUGGAACCCAAUGCACCAUCAGAAGAGGAAUUUGUAUUUGCCUAUAAUGCUGACAUAGAGAGGUUAGUUGAGGAGGGCACGGUCACCAAUGUGGGUCGUGUGGUGGCUCUGGAAGAGGUUCCCCUUGAUGAGGAAGUGCAGGUAACAUGCAACUCCAACAUUGAAGACUUCCUCACCUACGUUCUUGUUGAGUUUGAUGGGGAUGCAACGGCUUUAUCUGGCAUGGAAAACGCCAUUCUCAGCAUUUUAUUCGAACAAGUUUACAAUGACCUCUCCUUUGCCAACUGUGAUGGAUAUUUCAGAAUGACGGAUGACACUUUGUUAGUGGUGCCACAAGGGACAGACCCUGCAUUUUUUCAAGUAGCAGCAACUUGCAGAGACUGUCCUGUCAACAACAAUGGCUGGUUUUCAAUCUUUGCAAACAUGAGGCGUAGCUUACAUUUCCUGGAAAUGCUGCCACGGACACGUGAUCAUCCAGAGCCAUCCAGAACAUCGGGCACUCCAGUGAAAACUAAUCCUUCACGAGUCCGUGGUCUACAGAUGCAGAUGUCACGUUUUCCGGAUGAAGACGUUUGUUUCUGUCCUGCACUGAGUGACAAUGUUGACGAUCCCAGUCCAGCAGCCCCAUCUAUGAAUGCCCUGCGGGCUGAACUAAAUCGCCGCAUAUCAGAUCUACGAAGGGCUGGAAUGAUCAACAACAUUUUCUCCAUCACCAGUCUCUCAGAGACACCAACGAGUCCAGCGCCUGAGGACGACGAAGACAUGGAUACGGCAAUGCCAACCGUGACUCCAGGAGAUGAUGGGACUAUGAAUCCACCAGAGACCGCAACGCCAACAACUGGAGGCGCAACGACAGAAACGCCCCAAACCCUGCCACCAUCAAUUCAACAAACUGCUGCACAAACCAUACCACCGUCUAUGAUGCUUCCAAAGGGCACCAUACCACCAUCAAUGGAGAGGCCUCCAAAGGACACCAUCCCACCAUCAGCCUUGGCAGACAUUGGGUUGACCCCCACAGUGAUGACAGGGUUCAAACCAGCUGCCAUUUUCGGCGAAGACCCCGAAACUUUGGAUCCGGACCUUUUGAUGGAGGCCACGAUGAUCCCGGGUGGCAGAACAGCAGGGAUUGAUGCGAUAACACGUACGACAUCCGGCACUCCAGUGGCGGCAGCCCCCAAUCCCACGAAAAUCCCCACGCUCGAGCCAACAUGGCUGGGCGAUGACGACGAUUUUGAGGACACUGAGCUCCCAACAUUGGCACCGAGAGCAAGAAAUCGAGGGCGACAGCAACGGGAUGGCACACGACGACAGCAGGACUCCAACAGAGGCCGUGAGAGAGCUAGAAUACGCCGACUGAGAGGGGGGCGCAGGAACCAAAAGCCCAGGAAUUUCAGCAUCAAAGACAAUCCACGAAAAUAG